AACGACUUCUUCUUCAGCUCGCUCGACACUGCAAUUCUAAAGAGCCCGUCGCCUCCCUCCCUCCCUCUGCUUCGCCGCCCACUUUCUUCCCCCACCCCCCAAAUUUCUCAAUCGAACCAAGAGCUUCACGGAGAGAUUAUGGGAAGUAGCGCCGAUACGAAGCUUCCGAUCCCCGGUCGGAGGAACAUCCUAAUCACCAGCGCCUUGCCUUACGUCAACAACGUUCCGCACCUCGGCAACAUCAUCGGAUGUGUAUUGAGUGCGGAUGUGUUUGCUCGAUACUGCCGCCUUAGAGGUUACAACGCAGUGUAUAUUUGUGGGACUGAUGAGUACGGGACUGCAACAGAGACUAAAGCCUUGGAGGAGAAGUGCACACCACAGCAGAUUUGCGACAAAUAUUAUGCAGUGCAUAAGCAAGUCUAUGAUUGGUUCAACAUAAGCUUUGAUAAGUUUGGACGAACAUCAACCCCCCAGCAGACUGAAGUUUGCCAAGCUAUUUUCAAUAAAUUGUUUCAGAACAAUUGGCUUUCUGAGAACACAAUGCAGCAGCUUUACUGUGAUACAUGCCAAAGAUUCUUAGCUGACCGGCUUGUGGAGGGUAUCUGUCCUACCGCAGGUUGUACCCAUGAUUCUGCGCGGGGCGAUCAAUGUGAGAAGUGUGGAAAGCUUUUGAAUCCAACUGAGUUAAUUGAACCUAGGUGUAAGGUUUGUCAGGCAACUCCAAGAAUCCGCGAUACAAACCACUUGUUCCUCGAGCUCCCUCUGCUGAAGGAUAAAUUGGUGGAAUAUAUUAAUGAGAUGUCGGAAGCUGGAUCUUGGAGCCAGAAUGCCAUUCAAGCAACUCAUGCAUGGCUAAAAGAAGGACUAAAACCUCGAUGUAUUACAAGGGAUCUGAAGUGGGGAGUUCCUGUACCCCACGAGAAGUUUAAAGACAAGGUAUUCUAUGUUUGGUUCGAUGCACCAAUUGGGUACGUCUCAAUAACUUCAUGUUACACACCAGAAUGGGAGCAGUGGUGGAAGAAUCCUGAGAAUGUGGAGUUGUUUCAGUUUAUGGGCAAGGAUAAUGUACCAUUUCACACCGUGAUGUUUCCAUCUACUCUUCUUGGAACUGGUGAAAAGUGGACCCUGAUGAAGACAAUUAGUGUCACAGAGUACUUGAACUAUGAAGCAGGAAAGUUUUCCAAGAGCAAAGGGAUUGGAGUUUUUGGCAAUGAUGCUAAAGAUACAAAUAUUCCUGCUGAAGUAUGGAGAUAUUACUUGCUAACUAAUAGGCCAGAGGUUUCUGAUACAUUGUUUACCUGGGCGGAUUUGCAAGCAAAACUGAACAGUGAGUUGCUGAAUAAUUUGGGCAACUUUGUUAAUCGGGUGUUGAGCUUUAUUGCAAAGCCUUCAGGUCUAGGAUAUGGUUCUGUUAUUCCUGAUGCUCCAGGUGCUGAUUCACAUUCCCUGACAGUAGAAUUGGCUGAGAAAGUUGGCAAGUUGGUGGAACAAUAUGUGGAGGCCAUGGAAAAGGUGAAACUAAAGCAAGGACUCAAGACUGCAAUGAGCAUUUCAGGCGAGGGAAAUGCGUAUCUGCAAGCAAGCCAAUUCUGGAAGUUAUACAAAGAAGACCAACUGUCUUGCUCUAUUGUGAUGAAAACUUCUGUGGGCCUGGUGCAUCUCCUUGCAUGUUUACUUGAACCUUUCAUGCCUUCAUUUUCCAUUGAGGUAUUUAAGCAGCUAAAUUUACCUCCUGAAACACAAGCUUCACUUCGAGAUGAAAAUGGGGAGAUCGAGAGAGCUAGAAGACCUUGGGAGUUUAUACCUGCUGGUCACAAGAUUGGGGCACCAGAGCCUUUGUUUAAGGAAUUGAGAGAUGAAGAAAUGGAAUUCUAUCGUAAAAAGUUUGCUGGAAGUCAAGCAGAUAGAAUUUUGAGAGCAGAAGCUGAAGCUGAGAAGGCGGCUGAGCAAUUGCGAAAGACUAAAUUAUCAGAUGGAAGCGGAAAAAAAGCACAACCAGCAAAAACAUCAGCUGGUGCAAAAUCCAAGGCUCCUGCCGCUGAAGCAGAGAUUUCCAUUACCAGACUAGAUAUCCGCGUGGGCCUCAUAACAAAAGUUCUGAAGCAUCCUGAUGCUGAUUCAUUGUAUGUUGAAGAGAUUGAUGUUGGUGAAGGUCAAAAUAGAACAGUAGUUAGUGGCCUCGUCAAGUAUAUCCCUCUGGAGGAAAUGCAGAAUCGGAAGGUUUGUGUUCUGUGCAACCUGAAGCCAGCUACCAUGCGUGGUAUCAAGUCACAGGCAAUGGUUCUUUGCGCUUCAAACAAGGAGAACACUGAGGUUGAGUUAAUUGAACCACCUGAGUCUGCUAAGGUUGGAGAGAGAGUUACAUUCCCCGGGUUCGAAGGAGCGCCUGAUGAUGUAUUGAACCCUAAGAAGAAGGUUUGGGAGACGCUGCAACCAGAUCUGCACACAGAUUCAGGACUAGUAGCACACUUCAAGAACAUCCCGUUCACCACAUCAGCUGGUGUUUGCAAGGCGUCAUCUAUUCAGAAUGGCUCAAUUCGAUAAACUGCCGGGUAGGCUUUUAAAAUUUUGGAGAUGUAGCGGCUCAUUGUUUCUCUCCUCUUCAAUUUGUAGACAAAAACCUUGGGUUUGCCUGUGUUGCCAAUUUCUGGGCUAAUGAUUCUUCAGCCCUUGGAAUGGUGUAAAAUGAUGAUUGGUCUAUAGCUCCCCAACAGAUUUUUGACUCUAAUAAGGCUGUUCUCUCGAUAGUUCAGCACGAGGAAAUGUGACUCUGCUUUUGAA